AUGAACGGUUCAGAACAAAUUCAGAGCGAAGCCACAAGCUUAUAUGAUCUUUCAGCCAAUAACAUCAAUGGUGAGAAUACUCCUUUAAAAAAUUUCAAUAACAAAAAAGCUAUCAUCGUUGUUAAUGUUGCUUGCUAGUGUGGUUUAACUUCUGAUCAUUAUACCUAAUUAGUCUAAUUAUACAAGCAAUAUAAAUCUUAAGGUUUAGAAAUUUUAGGUUUCCCCUGCAACCAAUUUGGAGCAUAAGAACCUUGGGCUGAGUCUGAAAUCCUUUCAUAUACUCAAAAGACAUUCAACGUAGAAUUCCCUCUUUUCUCUAAGAUUGAUGUAAAUGGAGAAAAUACUCAUCCUGUUUACAAAUACUUAAGAAGAAAUUCAGAAUUAUUCUAAAAUAAUGCUGCAACUAAAAUACCUUGGAAUUUUGCUAAAUUUUUAGUUGAUGGAAAGACAGGUAAAGUUGUUUAAUAUUUCAGCCCAAAAGUUAAUCCCGUAGAAAUGGAAUAGUAAAUUAAAUAGCUAUUACUUUGA